AACAGCUUCAGUUUCGAGCAACUUCUUGCAGCUAUAGUGAUCGACCGGCCGCCGUGACUCGUGAGCACAUCAAGGUCACCCCCCCAUGGCCUCCGCCUCAGGUCUCUUCGCCACGGCGCUCGUCAUGGCGCUCCUCAUGCUCAGCGGCACGAGCCACGCCGCGCGCCGUCUCGCGGAGGACGACACGGCUCCGGCGGCCGCGCCAGCCGCCAUCGUGCCGGGUAUCCCUGCCGUGCCGAAGCCGCCUGUGCCCACGGUGCCCACCGUGCCUGCCGUCGCCCUGCCACCGAUGCCCACCGUGCCUGCCGUCGCCCUGCCACCAAUGCCCGCCGUGCCUGCGGUGGGCGCCGUGCCAGCGAUCCCCGCGGCCACCGUGCCGCCGAUGCCCGCGGUGCCGGCGGUCCCGGCGGCGACCUUGCCACCCAUGCCCGCGGUGCCUACCGUCCCCGCGCCGAAGGUGACGCUGCCGCCGAUGCCCACCGUACCUAAGGUUACCUUGCCGCCGAUGCCCGUCGUCCCCAAGGUUACGCUGCCGCCGAUGCCGUCCAUCCCGAGCGUGCCGAUGCCGUUCUUGGCACCGCCUCCUUCGGCGUAAUCAAGCAUUUGUGGAGUGUCCGCCAUCUGCCGUUGCCGAUGUCUGAUUGUUUGGUCACGCGGUCUCGUGUGUGUGUGUGUGUGUGUGUGUGUGUGUGUGUGUGUGUGUGUGUGUGUGUGUGUGUGUGUGUGUGUGUGUGUGUGUGUGUGUGUGUGUGUGUGUGUGUGUGUGUUUACACUUUACAGGGCAAUGUUGUCUUUGCAUGAACAGAUUUGGUUGGAGUUCUUUUUUCUUUAAUUCACUUUUGAUGCAUGUGAUUCUAUAUAUACAUUUGUGUGUUUUUAGUUGGAGAGGUUUCGAUUUUUUUGUAAAUCCUUGUGUAUGUAUUACAAUUUACAAUACGGAGUGCUCAGCUAUCUCGUGAUGGGUUAUCGGGUUGGGUUGUA